AUGUCCACCAACUCGACAGCCACUGACCCCGCCGCGGCCGCGGCAGCGGCGGCGCUCGCGGCGCUCUCCUCUAUCAAGCUCGACAACACCCUCGGCGCGCAGCUCGUUGGUGUCCUCUUUAGCGUUCUGCUGAACGGGAUGCUCAUCAGCCAGACGUUCCAGUACUACCGGGCUUUCCCCAAGGACAAGCCCCUCCUCAAGGCAUGGGUUGCCAUAGUGGUAAUUUUGGAGACGUUUACGACGGCGUUGAUCUGUCACACUGCGUACUUUUACCUGAUAAGCAAGUACUGGGAUCCGACGUAUUUCUUUAUCGGACCCCCCGUGUGGUCGAUUAACUUGCUGCCUCCUCCCGCCACCGUCGCAGCCCUUUUGUCCCAGAGCUUCUUCGCCCGUCGAGUCUGGUUCAUCGCACCGAAGUUCCGACCCAUUGUAGUGAUAGCAAUCAUUUUGAUCGCAGGCAACGUCGGCUGCUAUAGCGCCAUGUCUGUGAUGAUGUUCCGGGCGUCCACCAUAUCAGCAUGGCUUCAGUUCUCGUGGCUUGCCACUGUUGGAUCGUCUAUCCAGAUGGGUGGAGACCUGAUGAUCACGUCGACCCUCAUCUAUGUCCUGAACACCAGCCGCACUGGGGUGAACAACACCAACACCAUGCUCGACACGCUCAUCACGUACGCGAUCAGCUCCGGUUUGACGACUUGCGUCGUGCACGUCCUAAACGUCGCUUUUUCGAUCAAAUACCCGGACAACUUCAUCUACGCCGCGCUCUCCCUAGUGCUCACCAAGCUGUACGCCACCAGCUUCCUCGUCGCGCUGAACACCCGCAAGUCCCUCGGGAUCAUGAGCGCCGGUACGUCCGAGCCGUCGCCCUACCACGGCUUCAGCGGCGCCUCCGUCCGCAUGAACCACCCGCCGCCGUCGAACGUGCACGUCUCGACGGGGGGGUACACAAAGCCGUACAGCCAGGCCACGUCCUGCGGCCCGAUCGAGCUCAAGGUCGUGACCGAGGUCGUCAACGACGUCUCGGACGAGUACGGCCGCCGCGGGGGCAAGGCAACGCAGUACAGCGUGUGA